CCGACCGGAUCAAAGUGACCACGUCAGAGUUAGUGUGCCCAUGUACAUAGAUAUAUAAUUGUCACCACGCCAGCGAGUGGCACUCGCAUUGUAACUAAGGGUGCCAUCAGGACUUAUCAACUUAGGGCGCCAUACGGACUGAUCAUCAUCAUGACUACCACCGCUCUGCCGAUGACGACGUCGUUGAUUGGUGACAACUCCACCGCCAAUAGUACCUGGCCCUUGGAUCAGGGCAACAUUACCCAUCGGCCGUACGAGAUGGAUCCCAACGAAAUUUUGGACCUGCAAAAGCGCUUCAUUCCCAUCAUAGUACUCUCGAUUCCUGCCCACCUAAGUAUUCUAAUCAUAAUCCUUUGUAACAAGAGCCUGCGGAAUCAAGCCUUCUUUAUGGGAGUUCUCAGUAUGACUAUCUUUGACCUGUUCCAUUACAUGGUUGUUCUCCCGAUAAACUUUGACCAUUAUAUCAACUGGGGGAAAUGGCGUCACGGCAAUAUUGUCUGUAUUGUCUACAUAGUCUUUUUAAACAGUAAGCUCUACGUUUCUGCUUUGAUGAUCCUAGCGUUGUGUGUUGAACGGCUGAUGACGAAGCUGCGAUCUGUCGCUGUCGUUGGCGAGAGAACAUCGUCUAUCGUAUCUAAGGUGUGUCUUGUGCUUCCCUGGUGUAUUGGUAUUGUUGGUGGAGUGCUCAUCACUCUGAUCAAACAGGAUGAAAUGUCGCGACACCGAUAUUUGCAUGAGCAUUAUUGUGUGUUCAUGGUGGAACAGACCUUCCAUAUUCCCUAUCUUGUAAUCAUGUACCUGAUACCACUCGGCCUACUGGUCCUGGUACCCAUAGCUAUGAUGAUGGUUGUUUACAAGUACAAGAAGUCGGACUGGAAUCGUUUAUCUGCGGAAACUUUGGAACCGGCAGCUGUCAGUUUGCGCAUGUCCACUUUGUGUGUUUGGAUUGUGAGCAUUGUUUAUGUUGUCCUGUGCGUACCUGUGACAUAUUGUUUGACACUACUCGUGUUGUGUGUACGUCGUAUAGCCGGCUGCCCAACUAUACAGUUAUACAGGGAUACGCACACAGUCUCUCUCCUUCUUGGGUUCGUGACGCCCUUUUUAUGGAUCAUCACCGUUGAAAUCCGCGCCGCUUUGUUGUCAUUUAAAUUUCGCGUCAUAAACAUGGUUACACCAUCUGAGGGCCAGAAAACAGUCUUGUCCUUUUCCUCACUGCAGCAUAAAAUCUCUUCGGACGAUACAGGUACUGGGCGCUAACUGUCUACGUACCCGUUUGCAUAGAGCUGUUUCAAACCAAACUGCCUUUACUUGUAUUAAAUAUCGUGACGCUAUGGGAAACACAUGUGUUCAAGCUGUCAGAGAUAUGUAUAGCCAGGCUGAACAUUAAGUCAGAAAUAUAAAUAUUCAUAUCAUAUUAAUUUUGUAGUCGAUCAAAUAAAGCCAUAUUUAAAAUAAA